GGAAGUUAUAACAUCGGAUACCGGAUAAGUAUCGAGGUGUCAACGAUGCAGAUAACAAUACGAUAGACCUACCUCUACGAAUGGAAAGUUUUUGCGAUGUCUUGGAAUAAAAUAGAUUAGUGAGUAUUUGAAGAUCCAUGGAAUUCCUGAUCCCAGUGCCAUUUGCAGUUCCAGUCCCAGUACGAUCUAGAAAAACAGAUCCUCUAAUACAAUGCAUCAUAGACAACAAGUUAAAGAAACUUCACAAAUUAAUAGGAGGAAGAGAUAUUAAUGGACUGUACUCUUCUGAGGUCUGGAAGGAUGAUGUAACUCUAUUAACAGCAGCAGUUUUAUGCAGAAAUGAAGAAAUCUGCUCUUAUCUACUUAAAAAGUCAGCUGAUCCAAACAAACCCUCAACAAAAAGAUGGACACCUCUACAUUAUGCUGCAUUUACACCUGGAGUUUCACUGAGUAUCGUGAAAAGAGUACUUGCAGCAAACGCUAACCCAGAUGGAAAUGAAUUAGAAAUGUUUACUCCAUUGCAAUGUGCUGUUGAUCAAGACCAUGAAGACAUUGUGAAAGCACUAAUAGAGGCUGCAGCUUUACCUGAAAGGAACUAUGGGAGACAUCCAGAGCUUGAUAAAAAAGUGGAGAGAAUGAUUAAUCAAUUAUCAUCACAGGGUGAAGUGUUUGAGAAAGUACAUCUAUUUUUCUCUUUUUCUUGUGCUGUACCAACAAAAAACCAGACAGAUGUUUAUAGAGACUUUAAGGAACAUUUCUUUCAGGAGCAUCCCUUCAUUCAUACAAUUCUGUUUGAGCUCUACUAUGGUGUCAUUGGUCGAGAUGCAGAGCAGUAUCAUCAGAGUGCCAUCAAGUGGUUAAAAGAUACAAAGAGCUCAAACAGAUACAUCGAGGGAGUCAUCAAACGCUUCCCAAGAAUCGCUCAGAAACACUGGCCAGUUGCACUGAACAGCUUGUAUGUUGCUUUGUGUGUCAGUGAAAACAUCACCUCUCAGGUAUUCAGUGAUCUUGUGCCAAUUCUAACAAACAGUCUUCAGCACUUUGGAAACACAAAUGGUGAAACAGUCAUUAGUUUGAUACUCAAAAUACUCAAUGUCAUGAUUCAGAAGAUGUCUGAGCAGAAACUGAGCAUUUCUCUGAGCAAUCAUUCUCUUAUGUUAUGCAUGUUGUGCAAAAGUCUGUUGACUCUCACACGUCCUGAUUAUUCAAGACUAAUUGGAAUGAUGACCUAUGGACUGUUUGCCAAUAUAAAUGACUUCGCUCCUGAACUUGUUGCAUUGUGUGGAUUGUCUUCAGUCCCAGAGACGAUACUUAUCAAAGCAGAGACAGAGAUGGAUGACGUCAUGAAAAAAAAGCUGCAAAAGUUGGAUGAGUCAUUGAGAGAUCCAUCAGGUUCAAGUGCAGUGGAUAGUUUAUGUGAGGAGACUGCAGCUCUAUCAGUAAGGAGGAAGAAGAAAAAGAAGAGGAAGAAGAAAAAAAUCCAGCAAGAGGUGGGAUCACAAGAAGCUGAGCUUCAAAAUAAAGAGGAGCCGCAUCCAGACUCUGUAGUGACACCCACUGAGGAAUCAAAUUCAAGUGUGCAGCCGCUCACACAACCUGCUGAGAGCCCAAAAAUCUCAAGAAGGUGGCAUCAAACCAGCCAUCGUUGGAGGUCUGAGCUUGAGAAACUAGCUAACAUUGAUGCUAGCAGGACACAUAGACUUCCAGGUCUUACUCUUGUUAUUGAUCCUAAAUUUCUGAUUGCUAAUGGAAGUGAUGGAACUCAAGUUUUCCUUGGUUUGAGGGAUGACGGCACUGAGGUGGCUGUGAAACGAAUGAACAGGUUUAAUUACCAAGUACUCAAAAAUGAGGAGGAAUUUCUACGGCUUCCAGAACUUGAUAGUCCCUCCAUUGUGAGAUAUGUGGACUUCACAGAAGAUGACAAUUUCGGAUACCUUGUUCUACAGCUUUGUGAGUACACACUGGAGGAAUAUAUCCAAGAUCAUUUACCAGACGACAGCGCUGAGAGAUCUUUGGUUCUGAAGAAGCUGGUGAAGGAAGUUCUCUGCAGCUUACAGGUUUUACACGACCAGAAAACCAAAGUGCUCCAUCGAGACAUCAAACCCCAGAAUGUUCUGAUUGACAUAAAAGGAAAAGCCAGAUUGGCUGAUUUUGGCAUAAGUCGCCGUCUGAAACAGGGUGAAACCACUUUACGAACAAGCAUCGCUGGAACUAGAUGCUGGAAGGCAAAAGAGACCAUAAAUGAGAAGUUCAACACUAGAUACAAGAGGAGCUCCGACAUUCAGGUCACUGGGAUGUUAGUCUACUACAUUCUCUCAGGAGGACAGCAUCCAUUUGGUGAAGAUGUGGAUUGUGAGUACAACAUUUUACGAGGAAGAUACUCUCUGCAGCAUCUGGAUGAUGAUGUAGCGAAGGAUCUCGUCGAGUGGAUGAUUAAUGAAGAUCCAAACGAGAGACCGACUGUGGAGCAAACCCUCGCACACCCCUUCUUCUGGACUGAUGAACGGAGAGUGCGGUAUCUGAAAAUAUUGGGAAAUGAGAAAGAAGCCGGAAACUAUCGUAAUGCAGAUGAGGAGCUGCUUAAUGCCAUUGCAAAAUACACAGAGGGGAAAAGUUUUUCUGAAUGGAAGACUAAAUUGCCGUCUGAGAUUGUCCAGGCAGUAGAGGGUAAAAAGAAAGUCUAUCCUGAGAACACACUGGGCCUGCUGCGAUUUAUACGCAACCUACACGAGCAUCAUAAAGUUGAUGCUGUGAAAAUCAACCUGAUGGCUUUAUUCCCUGAUCUCUUUGGGAGUGUGUACUUGUUUGCCAAAGAAAGAGGAUGGAACUCCAGAGAAAGUGUCAUUAUGGACAUCAACUCAGCAUCAUGAAUGUAAAUCUGAGAUAAAAUCCCAUUUUGAAGUCACCAAGAACAAGGUUUUAUCCUAUUUUUAGAUUUUCAUCAUUGGAAGAACUAUUGAUUUAAUGUUUCAACAAAACGGAAAGUGAAAUAUGGGAUUUCAGGGAUUCUAAUUAGUUGCAUAAAUAUUUUGUUUGUUUAUCAUUGAACUCUUUAUCCAAUCUGUAUCCAGUCUGUAACUUGUUUUAAACAACAUGUGUGUGUUGCUUCAUUGUAAAAAAAUGCUGCUGCAGUUAGUUAUAACCACUUCAAAUUUGUUGAGAUAACUAAUAUCUAACUAAAGUUAACUAAACAUAAUUCAAGCAUGAAAACUUUUUUUUAAACUUAUAACUUAUUCUAUUGUUUAAUUUUAGGUUGUGAUAACUAAUUGCAGCAAAAUUAUUUACAUUGUUCAACAGAGCAACCAUACAUUUGUGUUGUUUUAUUUUCUUUAUUCUUAUUCAUUUAUGAUCAUUUAUCAUUUAAUUAUUCCAUUUAAUCAUAUAAUCAUUUAUAAUAAUCAUUUAAACUCGUUUCAUUGAUUGAUUCAUUGAACAUUCAUUUUAUAUUAUUAUUUAGCCAUUACAUUAUUAUGUUGUGUACUGUUGCCUUUGCAAGCAAGUUAGAGAUAUGUAUAAAAGAAUAUGUGUAAAAGUCUCCAUUUCAAGGGAUGAUGUUGUGAAGAAGUACAUUUCCAUUGCUUGUGGUGUAAUAAAAAUGGUUGGAUUUGUGCUGGUCGUUUGACUGAGCAUUGAAACACAAUUAAUAUUAUUCAAUAAACUCUCCUGC